GCGAACUGAAUGACGGGUACGGGUACAAAUUGCCGCGCCCUUCCUGAAAAGAAAAAUGUCUGAACUCAGAACUCUUAUGACUUCCCUUGAAAGACGAAAAGAGAAGUAAACAGAAGAGACCGUAGAUAAAGGGAGACGCGUCUGCUGUAAUAUCUGAAAUCGAACGAGAACUGCAAAAUCCUAAUGAAAAUGGUUUGUUUCUAGUCUUGGGAGGGACAUGACCCAUGUCUGCUGUCUCACACUCUCCAGGGCUUUGUAUGUUGGAGGAUCAGCGUUAGGAAAUUUAUUGAAAUCUCGAUUAAACUUUCCUCAAAAGUAUCUAAAUAGGCAGAUUCGAAUGGCAACCACCCACAAUUCAAUCGUUACUAGUGGCAGCAGUAAGUCAAGAGGUGCCUUGAUUGUUCUAGAAGGCUUGGAUCGUAGUGGGAAGACUUCACAGUCUAGUAGCCUACUCAAAUACUUGGAAAGACUGGGGCAUUCGGCUGAAUUAUGGCGAUUUCCAGACAGAAGCUCAAAUGUUGGGCAAAUGAUAUCAUCAUAUCUUUCCAACAAAUCACAAUUGGAUGAUCACACAAUCCAUCUUCUCUUCAGUGCAAAUCGUUGGGAGAGGAGAUCAUUAAUGGAAACUAAACUGAAGACUGGAACCACCCUCAUUGUUGACCGCUAUUCUUAUUCUGGAGUGGCUUUCUCGUCCGCCAAAGGAUUUGGUGUUGAAUGGUGUAAGGCACCAGAGAUUGGGUUGCUGGCUCCAGAUCUCGUUCUGUAUCUUGACAUACAGCCAGAACAAGCUGCAGGAAGAGGAGGAUAUGGAAGUGAGAGAUAUGAGCAGCUCGAGUUUCAGAGGAAAGUUGCCCAAUGCUAUCAGGACCUUUAUGAUGCUUCCUGGAAGAUAAUUGAUGCUUGCCAACCUAUGGAAGAUAUCGAGAAACAGCUGCAAAAUAUUGUAUUGGAUUGCGUCACCACAUGCCAGAAAGGCAAACCCCUUUCCAACCUCUGGUCAAUUUAAUUCUCCACCCCCUCUCCGCCCCUCUUUUUGUAUGUUAUUGUGGGUUUUUGAACAUCGUCCGGUUUAAAAUUCUGGUGCUAUUAUCUCCUAUAUUAGAAAAAAAAAAAAAAAAUCUGCUAGUGUUUUAAAUUAGUUUCGGGCUUUCUUUUGAAUUUUGAUGACAAUUGUCGAGGAUUUAUAUAAUAGUUUUUAUCCAAA